CUCAACUCUAGCACUGAACGGAGUAUUGGGAGCCUUGCAAAAAAAAACUUUCGCAUUUCUUUUAAUGUUUUGCUGAGACGCACGAGACAUGUUUUCUUGGAGCCGCUCUGUGGACGCCAAAUAUGGAGUGGCGGUGUGGAAUUUUAUGCCAACUCAUGAGUGUCAUAUCCCCCUGCAAAUUGGAGACACGGUCCACAUCCUUCAAGUGUUCGAAGGCUGGUACAGAGGAUACUCUCUGAAAAACAGAUCUGUGAAGGGAAUAUUUCCUGCCUCUGUCAUUCACGUCAAAAAUGCAGCCGUUGAAAUCAGACGUAAUCAAGAGAACAUCGUUUCCACGGAGAUGCCCCUGGUGCAAGAGAUUACGACCACCUUGAGAGAGUGGUCGAACAUCUGGAAACAGCUGUAUAUCACUGCUCAGGUGAACAAGUUUCGACAGGUUACCUCGAUGAUGUGCAACUUGAUAGAAAAGAGAUCUCAGCUUCUCUCGGGGACAUUGCCACAAGACGAGCUGAAAGACCUGAAACAGGAGGUCACCACCAAAAUAGACGUUGGGAACAAAAUGCUGGAACUGGAUCUCGUUGUUCGAGACGAGAACGGCAACAUCCUCGAUCCCGACCACACAAGUGUCAUCAGCCUCUUUCAAGCACACAAGCGGGCAGCGCAGCACAUCACAGAGAGGAUCCGGGAGGAGACGUUUCAGAACCAGAACGAGUGCAGCAGAUUUGCUCGGUUUUCUUCAUCACCCACACACAGCCUUUUCAUCUGGGUCCGCAACUUCGUCUGUAAAAUCGGGGAAGAGGCCGAACUCUUCAUGUCGCUUUAUGACCCCAAUGAGCAGAGGAUAAUCAGUGAGAACUACCUAUUCCGCUGGGCAAGCACGGGUUUACCAAAGGAAAUCGACAUGCUAAAUAAUUUGAAGGUGGUGUUCACGGAUUUAGGAAACAAAGACUUGAAUCGGGAGAGGAUAUACUUAGUGUGCCAGAUAGUCCGGGUGGGUCGAAUGGACCUGAAGGAAACCAAUGCAAAGAAAAUGACCCAGGGAUUGAGAAGACCGUUUGGAGUGUCAGCGAUGGACAUUACUGACAUUUUGAAAGGCAAAGCAGAAAGUGAUGAGGACAAACACCAUUUUAUUCCCUUCCAACAAGUUACGGCUGAGAAUGACUUCCUCCACACUUUAAUCCAUAAGGUUGUAGCUGCCAAAGACAUAAACCACAAAGGACAAGGUCUCUGGGUUUCCAUGAAGUUACUGUCUGGAGAUCUGAAACAAAUUCGCAAGGACCAUCCUCAUCUGGUGGACAGAAACACGGUGGUUGCGAGGAAAAUGGGGUUUCCUGAGAUCAUCAUGCCAGGUGAUGUCCGAAACGAUAUUUAUGUCACCUUGGUUCAAGGAGAGUUUGAUAAACAGAACAAGACCACCCAGAAGAAUGUUGAGGUCACGAUGUGUGUCUGUGAUGAAACUGGAGAAGUAAUCCCGAAUGCAAUAUGCCAGGGGGCUGGAGACAAGCCUGUCACUGACUACCAGUCCGUGGUGUACUACCAGAUGAAGCAACAGCGCUGGAUGGAGACAGUCAAGGUUGCUAUUCCAAUUGAGGACGUUCAGAGGACACAUCUUCGCUUCACAUUCAAGCACAGAUCAUCGUCUGAUUCUAAAGACAAGGGAGAGAAGAUAUUUGCAAUGGCGUAUGUGAACCUGAUGAAGCCAGAUGGAACAACUCUGCGAGAUGGAGAGCAUGACCUGAUCUUAUACAAGGGUGACAGCAGGAAGCUUGAAGAUGCUUCCAUCUACCUGAAUAGUAUGUCCAGCAAGAAUAUGUGCGACCAGAAGAUGAAUCUGGGUACCUCUUUCCGAAGCAGCGGCGGAGGUCAUCCUAUCUGCUCGAGGGACAGCUUCCAGAUUUCUACGCUCGUCUGUUCAACCAAACUCACACAGAAUGUGGACCUCUUAGGCCUAUUGAAGUGGCGCUCUAACAUCGGGGCUCUGAACGAGAAUCUGAGAAAGCUGAUGAAGGUAGACGGAGGGGAGGUCGUCAAGUUCCUGCAGGAUACACUGGAUGCUCUUUUCAGCAUCAUGAUGGAGUUUUCGGAUGACAACACGUACGACAAGCUAGUGUUUGAUGCUCUGGUGUUUCUCAUCGGACUGAUAGCGGACAGAAAGUUCCAACACUUCAACGCUGUCCUGGAAGCCUACAUUCGACAGCACUUCAGUGCCACCUUGGCUUAUAAGAAGUUGCUGUCUGUGCUGACUGAGUAUGUGGACACCGCAAGCCGAGGCCUAGACUGCGAGCCUCUGAAACGAGCGUUCAAGGCAUUGGAAUACAUCUUUAAGUUCACAGUCCGCUCAAGAUGUCUCUACUCACAGCUCUACGAAGGGAAGGAAAAGAUGGAAUACGAGCAAUCGUUGCGAACAAUCUUUGAGAAAUUCAACAUUCUGAUGAAGUCAACAUUGGAAGGCAACACUUUACUUAUGCAGGGAGCUUCCCUCAAGUACUUGCCGACGGUCCUUCAAGAUGUGGCAAUGAUCUUUGAUCCAGUCUUAUUAAGCCACUUGUUGCGUGAUUUUAUCAAGAACCUUCCUCCAGAUCGACUGGUGAAGCAGAAGUUGCAGUCGAUGACAGCCAUCGUCAGUACAGAGCUUUUCAGAAAGGAAGAAUGUCGGUCCAUUUUGCUGUCCAUAAUGACCAGCACACUGAGGGAGCUGAUUCAGAAAGGUGAAGAGGAGGAGGCUUGCGUCCAAUUGCUCAGCAACAUCCUGGAGGUUCUCUACGAUCAGGAUGUGGGAAGCACUUACCGGGAUAUUCAGGACAUCAUGGAUAAGUUGCUCCGGACAGUAAACAAGAUGGUCAUUAUGCUCGGGAGGGAUCACAGCCUCAUCAGCAAUUACGUGGCUUGUAUGACAGCUAUUCUCAGCCAAAUGGAAUAUGCGCAUUAUGUCAAUUACAUCAAUAUGUUCCAGACACGGCAGGACCUCAUGGACUUCCUGAUGGAGACCUUCAUCAUGUUUAAAGACCUCAUCGGCAAGAACGUCUAUCCACCUGACUGGAUGGUGAUGAGUAUGGUGCAGAACAGGGUCUUCCUACGUGCUAUCAACCAGUAUGCGGAAACGUUGAACAAAAUGUUUUUGAACAGUUCAAAUUUUGAGCUGCAGCUCUGGAACAAUUACUUCCACCUCACAGUGGCCUUCCUUACCCAGGAAUCGCUGCAGCUGGAAAACUUCUCAAAUGCCAAGCGGACAGCCAUCUUAUGCAAGUACGGGGAUAUGAGAGGUGUAAUUGGAGCAGCAAUCCGAGAAAUGUGGUACAAACUUGGUCAGCACAAGAUCCGCUUCAUUCCAGGGCUGGUUGGGCCAAUUCUGGAGAUGACACUUAUCCCAGAGGUGGAGUUACGCAGGUCCACCAUCCCCAUCUUCUUCGACAUGAUGCAGUGCGAGUACCAGUACAAAGGGGAAUUCAGAACGUUUGAGGAUGAAAUUAUCAAAAAUCUGGACCAUGAAGUGGAAGGUGGUCGAGGAGAUGAACAGUACAAGACCCUCUUUCAGAAGAUCUUGUUGGAGCUUUGUGUACAAUCCCAAUAUUUAGCAAGACAAGGUGAAUCUUUUGUUGCCUUGGUAACUGGCCUACUGGAAAGGCUUCUGGACUACAGGAAUGUAAUGAAUGAUGAGAACCAGAACUACAGCAUGAAUUGCACCGUAAAUCUGCUGAAUUUCUACAAGGAGAUUGACCGGGAAGAAAUGUAUAUACGGUACCUAUAUAAACUUCGGGAUCUGCACAUCAACUAUGAGAACUUCACAGAGGCUGCCUACACCCUGCUGCUGCAUGCCAAGCUACUCAAGUGGACGGAUGACCAAUUUGCCUUGCACAUCCAAGACUUCCAGGGCUCACAGACUCAGCGGCAACUAAAGGAGAACCUGUACAAUAAAAUCAUUGACUACUUUGAUAAGGGCAAGAUGUGGGAAGAAGCCAUUCAUCUCUGCAAGGAGCUGGCUGAGCAGUACGAAAUGGAGGUCUUUGAUUACGGGCUGCUGAGCAAGACCCUGCAACGUCAGGCCAAAUUCUAUGAAAACAUCAUGCAAGUUCUGAGGCCCAAGCCAGACUACUUUGCAAUCGGUUACUACGGCCUAAACUUCCCAAGCUUCAUCCGGAACAAGAUCUUUAUUCAUCGAGGGAAGGAGUAUGAGAGACGAGAGGAUGUUGAACAGUUCCUCCUGAACCAGUUCCCGAACGCAGAGAUAAUGAAGACAACAUCUCAGCCUGGAGAUGAGAUCAAGAAUUCUCCUGGACAGUUCAUCCAGUGCUUCACUGUCCAACCCAUCCUGGCUGAACAGGAACGGUUUCAUAACAAGAACGUUCCGGAACAGAUCGUGGACUUCUACAAGGCUAAUAAAGUUCUGAAGUUCAACUACUCCAGACCAAUCAGGAAAGGACCAAAGGACCCCGAGAAUGAGUUUGCCUCGAUGUGGAUUGAAAGGACAAUGUUCACCACUGCAUACGAGUUGCCGGGGAUUCUCCGCUGGUUCGAAGUAUUGCAGGUAUCCCAGACCUGUAUAAGUCCAUUGGAAAAUGCCAUCGAAACAAUGCAGACCAGCAAUGAAAAGAUCCUCACUCUGAUCACCCAGCACCACAAUGACCCGAACCUUUCCAUCAACCCUCUGUCAAUGCUUCUCAAUGGCAUUGUGGACCCUGCUGUGAUGGGGGGCUUUGCCAAGUAUGAAAAGGCGUUCUUCACUGAAGCAUAUAUGAGCAGCCAUCCUGAAGACAUGGAUAAUAUUACAAAGCUAAAGGAUCUCAUUGCCUGGCAGAUCCCAUUGCUGACAGAGGGGAUCAGGAUCCACAAAAAGAAGGUCACGGAAGCCCUGAAACCCUUCCACGAUCGGAUGGAGGAGUGUUUCGCUCAGCUGAAGACCAAAGUGGAGAGUCAAUAUGGAGUGCGGGAUCUGUCAUUUUCCGAGGAGAGGCGAGGAGGGAGCGGAUGCGGGAGCAGGCCUCGUUCGAUGAUCCGAUCCUAUCGACCUCUGUCAGUUAUCUCCUCGGGUUCCUCGAGUUCCACGAGCUUCGAGAAGGAAUCGCCCAAGGCAAUUGGGGAUGGGUUGGAGCCACCACUGCCGAGGAAACAAAGCUCUCGUUCCCUGGAGAGAUCCCUGGAAGGCAUGACGAAAGAACUCGAGGAUAAGAAGGGGAGAAGGACCAGCGGAGCAUGUAUCCCAGUCAAGUCACCCAUGUCUGCUGCACCCCAGGAUAUUACUGAGGAACCUUCAAGGUUGCCCCAACCCUCAAGCAACUCAAUUGAAAGAAUUCCAGAGCAGCCCGCCAAGGAAAUCAAUACAGGAUAUCCAGUUGUUGUGAUCAAUGGGUUCAGUGGGCAGGUGAAAAGCUCCAGGCCCCCACCUUUGCCCAGGAAGAUUAACCCAAGCUUGCUGGAGAACUUCAACCAGGACACAGUGGAUCCUCUGCCCUCACCGGUCUUUCCGGGAUCGGGCAAAGAGCAGUCCCAAGUUAAGGCUGCUUGUCCUCCAACCCCCGACAUUGCCAAAUCCCACAAGACCCCACCGCCCCCUCCGCCACCAAAGAACAAGCGAGUGAUGCAGCCCCCACCCAGCUGACAGGACCAAGACAGGAGGAGCUUUGUCACCCACUGCCAGAGACUCGGAGUACGACCAAGGGGACCGGAUGACGUCAGCUGGUAACGGAACCAGAGCAUGAAUCAUUCCCCUUCUGAUCACCAACUUAUUGUCCCCCAUUCAGAUAAUACCAAAACAAUGGUAAAGAUUGUUCCUUUUGAAUAAAUAAACACCUCUUUUUUGUUCACCAUGAUAUAACUGUCGCAGCUUCUUUUUCUGCACCUAGGCCACACGGGGAGGCGGGAGAGGGGUUCGGAGCUGUGGAAAUCUCAAUGCAGGUUGCACUGGUGAUACGGCAGCAGUGGGUGGAGUGCGGCCAUUGGACAGGCAGCACGUUUCUUUAUCACUGCAAACAGAAACACAUAUUGAAAUGCAGGUGGCACAGCAGCGUAACCUAAUGGUAACCUACUGCCUCAGUGAGGCCACUCUCGGGUCGGAGGAGCAACACCUCAUAAUCCGUCCCGGUAGACUCCAAACUGACAGCAUGAACUUCUGGUAAUCGCUCUCCCUCCCCCUCUCUAUUUUUCCAUUUCCCAUUCCAGCUCUCCUCUUCUCCUCCCCUGACCAUAAUCUCCCUCAGCUGCCUGUCCUCCUCCCCUUUCUCCCAUGGUCCACUCUCCUCUCCGAUCAGAUUCCUCCUCCUUCAGCUCUUUACCUUUUCCACCUGUCAGGAUUGUGGAUUGUCUUUCUUUAGUACAAGUGUAAAGGAGAACAAAAUUAUUGUUAUUCCAGUGCAACAUAUAAAACACAAUAAGCAUCAAGAACACAAUGUAAAACACAAUCAAUAUAUCACCUCACAGCUUCUCACUGCAUCCCCCUCGCCUGGUUUCACCUAA